CACUUCUGACAUUUGGCCAUUUGCUUGCUCAUGUUUAUUUAAUUUCGGAAUUCAGGUGUAAAAUUAUUUCUUAGCUUUUUGACAUUUUGCGGUGUUUGUUGACGUUUCAGCAUGUGUUUGCUUAAGCGCUAAAAGCCAAUUAAAAUUCAGCCCUCGCUUGUAGACCAAAACUGUUUCAAAAGCUCAGGAAGGAGAUGGACGAAGUUGUGUAAACUUGGAAUAUUUUAUGGAAUGAGGAACAUGCUCGAAGUGACAAUGAUUAGCGUGUUAAAUGCGACAGCUGCUAAUUUGUGGGUAGAAAAUAAAUUAGUUAAGGCACAAAAUGUUUAAGGAAAAUGAAAAACUAUUUGACAGUUUAGAAACAAUGUAAUACAAAUUAGUCUCAAUAAAAUAUUUCUUUAGAUGUUCAAUGGAGAGUUUGCGAGUGCCAGCGUCUAGUUUAGAUCCAAAGCAUAAUUUAUAUCGUUUGCAAAAGAUCUAUCUUAUUGCCAUCGUGCUGGUAAUGAUAGGCAUCUUACAACUGGUGAUACUGAAGGCGAUGCACAUUAAAUUAAUUGACUCGGUGCCCGUUCCGAAUUUCAUGUAUAUGGUCAUUGCAUUGGUCUGCAUUGUGCUGAUGGUAUACACCGAACUUUUUAACGAAUAUCCCGUCAACUGGACACUUGGAAUUGUCGCUGUGGAGUGCGUAACAUUGUGCACAAUCUCUUCGAAAUGGAAUCAUUUGCCAGUGUUAUAUGCAAGCAUUGUCUUGGGUGUUGUUCUAAUCGUUAACAUUAUACUGUAUAUGUUGGGUGCAUGUCUGCCAUUGAUCUUGUUGCCUGGAUAUUAUGGUAUACUGUUCAUAACGAUUGUGUUUAUCAUCAUGUACAUAUUCCUCUGCAUAAUUGUAUUCAUCUUAUCCAUUCGCAAUCUUAUGCCACGGUUCUGGCGACUUUCUUUUUAUUUAUGAUCUAUCUGGUUACGUCGAGUACCACUUAUAUUUGUCGAAUGGUAGGUUGUUCCUUAUUUGAGAAGUAUCAAAAGCGGAGAGCACAUUAAAUAU